CGAACAAAGUAGCUAUAAAGGUAGAAAGGAGUUUGAAUGCCAGUAUCAAGAUGAUAACGUUAAAUUAUUUUUCAGAACAUUCAGGAUUUUUGUUUAUAUAACUGCAGACAAAACCAUGAAAUACGAGUUAACGGACACCAUCAUUUACUGGUUUCUAUAGCAAAACAUAUUAACUAUUUUCUAGUAUUUCAAUUGCCGGAGUCGAAACUUUGUGCGGCUGUGACAGAACGGAUUACGUUUCUUGUAAAAGUACAUGUCGAAAAACUUGUUUUGUUUAAAGAUGUGCAACCUUCGGUUUUCUCAAUCUCUGGGCAGACAGCAACCAUGUCUGUCCAUACAAGUUACUUCUCUUGGAAUUACAAUACACAUAUUCAGCGUUUUUGAUUGACUUAUUCACAUAUUUUUUAUAAAAACAACAACACAUUUCAUUGAAUUUAAUUGCUCAGCACAACUAUGCUGUUUUAUUUGGAUUAACCUACAAUAUGUUUGUGGAAGCACAUACUAUGGGGACAAAUUUCUUAUCCACACUACUGGGUUAUCUAAAAUGGGCAGCGGACCGUCGUUUCCAUUGGUGCCACUAACACGAGAUAAAAUCAUCCUGAUCACCGGUGCGAACUCGGGCCUCGGGUACGAAAUAGCCAAGUGGUCGGCCAUGAUGGGGGCGACCGUGAUACUCGCGUGCCGUUCAGAGUCUAAAACAAUGGAGGCUAUCGCUAAAAUGAAUCAAGAGUUUCAAGCGGAAAAAUCUAAGGAGACAUCCCGGUUGUCCAAAAACACAACUUUAGCGCUGGAGUUUAUGCACCUAGACCUGGCGUCAUUCGAAUCGGUGAGGAACUUCUGCGAUGCAUUUAAGAAAAGUGGCCGAAAACUCCACGUGUUGUUCUGCAACGCCGGUUUGGGGUUCAUUCCGUUCCAAAGAACAGCAGACGGCAUGGAAAUGUUGCUGCAGGUGAAUUACCUCAGUCACUUUGUAAUGAUCGCCAAAUUGCUUGGCGUCAUGCAACAGUCCGGGCCAGACUGUAGAAUUCUGCUUAUGUCUAGCGCCGCGCACAUAUGGGGAACGUUCGAUUUAAAGACCUUAAACUAUUCCGGGCCACCUGACGAUUUUUCCAGCAAGAAUUACUACGGUAGAUCCAAACUCUACCAGAUCAUGCAAGCCGCCGCGAUGGGUCGCAGGAUUUCCGGUUCCAAUGUUACUAUAAAUAGCAUACAUCCGGGCAUUGUAGACACUCCAUUCUGGCGUAACUGGGACACAGGAAUAAGGAAGUGUUUAUUGUGCUGUAUGCAGUGUUCUGGGGUGGCAAGGUCGUCAUUUCAAGGUGCCAAAUGUUCAAUCGACCUCACAGUUAACCCAAAUCAUUCCGGAAUGAACGGACUCUAUUGGGUUGAUUGUAAAAUCGUCACACCCAGCAGCGACGCGCGCAACACGCGGAAGCAGGAGGAAUUGUGGGAAACAACACUCGACUUAGUUCGGUCAUAUUUGACUGAAGAAGAGAUUAAGAGCAUCAAUGGCGAGGUUAAGUGAUUGGGGUCUGUGUAAACCAUCGUCGGAUACCCACGGCUGCUGAUUACGCUCCGCUCAUACAUCCAUUUAGGAA